UUGCAUCGCUGCCGCUGAGUUUUCCGGCUCAGCUUCAAUGGGCUUGAUCUGAUAGAACUUGUGGUGUACAUGGGUCUCGCAGAUGCACAGAAUGAGUCCGCAAGAUUUGCCCUGUUACUGAAGACAAGUACCGCUCUCCUAGAGACCUUCAAUCCAAGAACAACUACAUCGGACGCCUACUUUCAGGAUGCUGAGUUUCUGCAGAAUCCAUUGCUUGGAGAGGUGGAGUUGAAUUUUGUCCACCAAGUGUUCUAUGGCUGCCACAGAUACAGUAAACUGCUGAAACUGUUUGUCACCAGCUUCAUCUACAAAGAGCCCACCACUGCCCUGCGUUCCGAACAGCCUCUUUACAACAUUCUGGCUUAUCUACUUUUUUUCAGGCUUGAAGAAGUUGGCAUAGAGAACCUCCGGCAGUUUGUCAAUUGUGGCUAUGGAUCCCCUCCAGCCCUUUCUGGUUUGCUGCAGUAUGCUAUGGACAAAGAAGAGCUGGAGAAGUGGGUAAUGGAAGAGUGGUUGAAACACUACGACCCGUGUUUCCUGGAGGAGGAGAUAAUGGGGCGAUUGCAUCGCAAAGAGCAUCACUUGCGGCCUUUGCUUAAUGAAAUGGAGCUGAAAGCAACGGGCAUGUUGAAAUCUGGUGGGGAAGCUGGGCCUCCUGGCACUGUAAAAUCGAAGAGGCCGCUCACCGACUUUCAGCCGUUCAAUUUGACUGCUGUAAAGCCAAGGCUCAUUGCAGAACCUGAUCAUCACAUCGAAAAGGACUUGAUUGCAAACCCGGUGCCUGGCUUCUUGAACAAGACCAACCUUGCCAAGAUUGCAGACGAAAGGAAGCGGCAGAUGGAAGAAAACAAGGCCAAGGUCGCCAUGAAAUACUCAGCGGCUGACGAGUUCACGUUUGAGACUGCGCAACGUCGGGAUCACGCUUCGGUGCUGGAGGAGCUUCGGGCAAAGGCAGAAGAGAAGUUCAUGGAAGAGUGCACUUUUCAACCACAAGCAGCGAAACGGAUUGUGCCACGGGAUGAUGCUAUGGUGAGGCAGACAGUGGCUUCAGUGCUCAAGGAAGAUGCACGUCUCAGGCAGGCAAUGGCCAAGGAUGCAGAAUUGCUAAAGCAAUACGAGGCCGAGUUGCAUGAUGCAUCACACUUCUAUGAGUGGCAGGAAAAGAUGAAAAAGAAGGACGACAUGGACGAAGAGGCCCGCAUGAAGGAACGGCUUAUCCAAACCCAACUGACACGCGAGAGCGCAAAAGAAGCGCACGACGCAUCCAACAGGCUGAAAGGCAUUCAGGCAGAGCAUCAGAAACGUGGGAUACAAGCUCAACUCGACGUCAGAGACAAAGAGCAGGAAGCUGAACUUGAAGAGAAGCAGAAGCUGGUUGAGCACACCUGUGAGGAGAGAGAGAAGGCCCGGAUCGCAGAGCAGGAGGUCCUAAGCCUGAAGCAAGAGACCGCGGAGCAGCGCCGGAAAGAGAAGGAGCUAGAGAUGUCAAAGAAGAAAAAAGAGGAAGAGUUGGAGAUGGAUCGGAAGAGAGAUCUUAUCCGCCAAAUCCGGGCGUUGGAGAGGGUGCCACGAGAAUCAGCGAAAGUAUUUGAUCGGGCUGAGGCGCCAGGUCAUGGACUCUUGGAGGAGAUGUCGAUGGCAGAACUGAAAGAGAGACUGAAAGUAAUGCAUGCACAUCACCAGAGGGCCUUAUUUGAGAAGCGAGAACGACAACUAGCAAAAAAGGUUGGAGAAGUGAGUUGCGAGUGCGGACGAGACCAAAUCUACCACUACGAAACUUGGGAGGCUGUAGUUUGCAGCCGGCCGUUCAUUAAUGAAAGCUCAGGAAAGCAAAGGUUGCAAGACGAAGCUAAGAAGGACAGGCAACGAGGGGAUGUGUUGAUGGAGGUCGCCGCCAGGCUUGAAAACAAAAAGAAAGAGAAGAAGGACCAAGAGAGACGAUUGCGCAAAGAACUUCACGAGAUUGCAACAAAACAGCAGUUUCAGAUGAACAGCCUCGAAGCGCUCGAGGGCCACAAGAAUGCAGACCAAGUGGCUGGGCUUAAUCGAGAGGUCCUGCGACGGCAGAAUCGGAUGCUACAAGAACAGCGGAGUAUCAACCAGGUACAGGCUCGUGAAAGAGCUUUGCGUUACAAGAACGCUGAAAGUGACCAUCAAGAGUACGCAGACAUGCAGGAUCUUGUUGACCGAAGAACCCAGAGGGCGAGACAAGUGGAAAGAGUUUUCAAGAAGGAAGUGGCAGAAAGCUUCUGCCAUGCGAGAGACUUGCAGCGAAGUCACGAGUUGAAGCAGAUUGAGGUGGGUGGCCACUCUGCCAAUGCGUACAUGAAGAGGAUCGCGCAUACAUCGAGCCUCCCUGUGGACUGCGAAGCUCUUUCGAAGACCUCACGACACCAAUUGGACUGCAAGUAGACGUGCUAGGCAAUCUGGAAGCCAGCUUUGGCUCCCCAAAUCCAUGUAGCCGGUGGGCAGUUGACGACUCCUUGGACACUUGUGAGUCAGCGAGGGUCAUCGAAUGCAGAUUUCGAGGGGCCGGUCCAAUCCAGGAGUCUUCCAAAGACAUUACUCCGACUUGUAGUUACUUGUAGUUAGCAGACGGCUGCCAAGGACCAUCAAGCUUGCGAGCUAUGGUCUGAAAAGCUGGCAGCAGCUUCGAUUGAAUGUCCAUCCAUUUUAAGAUGUGAUGGACUCUUGCCAUACCAUGCCAUGAAGUAGUGGCAUUCAUUUAUGGACGUGCCAGGCCGUGCAGUGGG